AUGGCGUCAGAAGAACCCUCAAACCCGAUGGCCGAGUCCGGCGUCACCAUCCGCUCCGACAGCGAGCAGUACUCAGCAGGCGAGGACAUCUCCACGUCGCCACCGUCCUCCAACUCUCCCCCGCUUGUCCUGUACCAGCCGCCGACCCUGUUUGGCAUCAUACGCGGCGCCGCGAUCAACCUGUUCCUGCCGUUCAUCAACGGUAUGAUGCUCGGUUUUGGCGAGCUUUUUGCACACGAGGCAGCUUUCAGGUUAGGAUGGAGCGGCACAAGGGUCUUCCCCCUGUCGAGGCGGCAACAACACCCCGCUGGCCCUGGCAUCGAAGUGCGUGACAGGCCCAAGACGCAGCCCGACCUGGACGACCUCACCAGCCUGGAGUGA